ACAAGAAGAAGGGAGGCAAGUUCCAGCCUUUUAAGAAGUUGUUUGGCAAGAGGAAAAAGAAAGAUCCUUCCUUGUCCCGGGAGGAGUCGGCGGGGAAGAAGAGUCACUCGCACCAGAGUGUCAGCAAUGGGACCUUCUCCUCGGAUGAGGAGACCCUGGAAGACGGUCUGAGAUACAUCAACUGUUCAAUGGGAACCCGGGCGCUUUCCCAUGACAGUAUUUUUAUCCCUGAUGGGGGAGCAGGAAGUCAGCAGACAGUUCAAGCAAUGUCACAGGACAACAUCCUGGGCAAAGUCAAAACUCUUCAGCAACAGCUGGGCAAGAAUAUCAAGUUUGGGCAGCAGCCACCCAACGCCAUUCCCAUGAAGAAGGCAGACAGCGAAGAGGCCAGCUUGGAGGAGGAUCUGUUUCUGACCAGUCCCAUGGAAAUCGUGACUCAGCAGGACAUUGUCCUCUCAGACACUGAGAACAAGUCCAGUGACACGCCAAGUUCUGUGAGUCCUCCAGAUCUACCUGGAGCAGGAAGUGAGAUGGACGAGAAGGUCGCUCCAGUCAAACCGUCUCGGCCAAAAAGGCACUUGUCUUCUGCGGGCACCAUCGAAAGUGUCAACCUAGAUGCCAUUCCCCUGGCCAUCGCUCGCCUGGACAACAGUGCCGCCAAGCACAAACUGUCUGUGAAGCCAAAAAACCAGAGGGUGUCAAAGAAGCACAGGCGGCUGGCCCAG